GACUGCGAAUUUAACUAGAGCUCUCUCUCUCUCUGUCUGUCUGUCCUUCCUCUGCUUUGAUGCUACGUUGCCUGCGAAUCUCUCUGAUAAAAUUCGGAUUCUCCUUCUCGCCUUCUCUUCUACUUUCAUAUACUGCUUAGAAUUAGAUACAAACAAAAAAAAAAACAUGUCUUCUACUAGCUAAACUAGUAUUCUAUAUAUUUUUAUUUAUGCACUCCUUUUAUUCCUAGUCUCUUCUCUUCUCUUUUCUGUCUGGGGAAAACUUUGGUUUUUAGUUGAAGCAUCUUUGUUUUAUGUUUUCACUGGUUGAUUGCUUUUGUGUCACCUAUCUAUCUGUUGUAAGAGGCUGCUGUCCUAUGGUCUGAAAUAUCUUCUUUUGUUGCCAUUCUCUUUUCACUUACGCUAGGCCUCUGUUUUCCUUUCAUGUCCUCUAUCCCCCCCUCUUUCUUCUCAUGCUUUGCUCUCACCAGGGAAAACAGAGGAGCGCACUUGCUAAAAUCAACUGUUUGUUGUUAACUAGUGGAUAAAGCAAAAACCCAAUACUCUGUUUUCCCUGUCUCUGCCCCUCCUUGUCCAGAUAUAUAUAUGGAGAAAAAGGAGGAUGCUAGCUCUCCGGUUGGAGUUCUUGAAGACUACUUUAAGAGUGAAGACUCAGAGAGUUGUUCUUCAAAAGAUCCCUCAUCGGAUGCUGAGGUUUCAAAACAUGCCUCCCGUUGGCAUGGAUUUGUCAAGUUACUUAGAAGUAGAUCGAAGAAAUCUUUAGCAACAUUGCAUCCUCUCGGUGUCCUAAAGCUCUCUAUGAGAAAGAGCAGUAGCAUGAGAGAAAACAUUAUAACGAAUCUCUUUGCGAAUUCUGAUUCGAGCAAUUUUAAGUCUCCAAGGAUCAACUUCACUCUCUCUGAGCUCCAAGCCGCGACAAACAAUUUCAGCCAAGAGAACCUGAUUGGAAAAGGCGGUUAUGCUGAAGUUUACAAAGGGUGUUUGCAAAAUGGGAAAAUUGUUGCCAUCAAGCGUUUAACACGAGGAACAACUGAUGAGAUUAUUGGGGACUUUUUAUCUGAGAUGGGGAUUAUGGCCCAUGUGAACCAUCCCAAUACAGCUAAAUUGAUUGGUUAUGGAAUUGAAGGAGGAAUGCACCUUGUUCUUGAAUUGUCUCCACAUGGGAGCUUAGCUUCAGUUCUUUAUGGUUCAAAAGAGAGAUUGACAUGGCAUAUCAGGUAUAAGAUUGCAUUAGGGACAGCUCAUGGUUUACUCUAUCUUCACGAGGGUUGCCAGAGAAGAAUAAUACACAGAGAUAUUAAGGCUGCAAACAUUUUGCUUACAGAGGACUUUGAGCCUCAGAUUUGUGAUUUUGGUCUUGCAAAGUGGCUACCAGAGCAUUGGACUCACCACACUGUUUCCAAAUUUGAAGGCACAUUCGGUUAUCUUGCUCCGGAAUACUUGAUGCAUGGAAUAGUAGACGAAAAAACUGAUGUUUUUGCCUUCGGUGUGCUGCUGUUGGAACUAGUCACGGGACGGCGAGCUCUGGAUUACUCGCAGCAAAGCCUUGUGUUGUGGGCAAAACCAUUACUCAAGAACAAUGAGAUUGGAGAGCUAGUUGAUCCUGCUCUUGUUGAUGAUUAUAAUGCUCGACAAAUGAAUCUUGUGCUCUUGGCUGCUUCUUUAUGCAUACAACAAUCUUCAAUACGGCGGCCUCACAUGAUUCAGGUUGUCCAGAUUCUGAAUGGUAACCUUAGCUGCUUGAAGUGUAUGAAAAAAAUCCGAUUGCCAUUUUUUCGAAAAGCUUUUCUUAAUGAAAAACUCCUUGGUGCAGAGGAGUACAACUCACCCAAGAACAGGCAUAUCAAUUGACCUGACAGGUUGAUUUGGGUUUUGAGAUCAAUCACCAUUUCCGUGUCUCUUUCGGCAGUUCUGAUGAAGCAAGUCUUGGCCACUUGGGUAUUUGAACCUCAGAUUUCAUACGUUUUCUGUGAAAACAAGGAGAUGGUAUUGCCAAAAUUUGUACCAACUCAUGCUCACAUGUGAAAUCAGAGUGAGAGCAGCUAAACAGCAUAUCAGAGGUGGAAAAAGAAGAAGAGGGAGCUCAUGAAACAAACGAAAGACGAUGUUUCUAAACCUAUGUACCUAAAUGGGAAACAUCAAGAGAGAAUGUUUUGGAACAAAAGGAAAAGGAUGCCAUUGUUUUCCAACUUAUAUGUACAGGGUAGAGUCCUAGAACUUAACGACAUGUAUAUAAAAGAAUCACGAGUAUAGAGUUCCAACUCUGUUUCCCAAUUGCA